AUCACAUGAAACAGAUGAGGUGCACAUCUGCUCUACAAACUGGACAAACAUCAUUUCUGAAUUUUAAUUUCGGUAAUGUUUCGGCUCGCUUCUGUGAUCGCCUAGUAUCUCCAACUUUUUGGAUCUCUUUGGAGUGGCACCUGCGGAUGUGGAUUCAAGCGAAUAAAGAGUAAAGCAGGCGAACGAAAUGCAUCUCAUCUAAAUCUUUAUGGACUCAAACUUCUUCAACCAGAGACCGAAAGGUCAGAUACACAAGCUUCGGUCUUUCAUGUGAAUCUAUAUUAAUCAGCUGUACACUUCUCAGCAUGAUCAUUUCAUCAUGAUUAUUCCCCAAGGUUGGAAAACUGGGUUGGUGGUAUCGGAGCGGGCGGAGGCUAUGGAUGAGCGGUCUUGAGUGAGGUUGGAGAGUUAGUCCACCUCAAACCUCUCUCACAUACACAGCAUUAGUAUUUUCGAGUCAACUCCCCAGACUUUAACUUUAACAUACUUUUUAUAGUAAGACACAUUUAUAGUAAUUUGCAAUAUAGGUAAACAAGAUCCACGUGAGAUUCGGGAUUAUAGAGUAAGACACAACCUUACACACGCACACACAUAGACAGACCGACAGUCACUGCACUCUUUUCAGCGCAGCUCCCCACCUGCUCUCGCACCUUUCCUCAGUCAGAGAUCACAGCCGCGACUCUCCAGCUGCCUCUCAACGUCGUCUCGAGCCGGCAAAGCUGCUAACAUCUGCUUUUUUGGACACUUGUCUCUCUAUUUUUCACUCAUUUCCCUCAUAGCUUUCUACUGUGUUACUGACACCUUCAGUUUGACCCUCCUUGCCAGAAAGAGGGAGAGAGAGAGAGAAAUGGCAUAAACACAGCGGGGUCUUCAGCUGCCACACAAGCAGACUCACACAAGUGCCGAGAGAAACGGUGUGAAGAAUGAAAAGGCCAAUGGGAAGGAAAGAGGAAGCGAGAUAAGACGGAGACGCACAAUGUACGGCUUGGGGUCGGGCUCGGAUGCAUUCAGACGGCACAGGCUGUAGGAGGCUGAAAUGGCCACUCCCCGAGGGUGUUGGAGUCCCUCUCCUCAACUCCUCUUCUUCCUCAACCUGUUACUCAAUGUAGCACCCCCCUGCUGGGGACGUCCGUUUUUCGUCCCUCCCUCGGUUAACGUGGCCGUGGUUUUCAGCGGUUCGGCCCACCACGGCGAGAUCAAAGGCCGUCUGAGUCCAGAAAACUUCCUUGACAUGCCCCUGGAAGUGAACCCCAUCACAGUGCUGGUGAAUGACACUAACCCCAGGGCUCUACUGACUCGUCUCUGUCAGACUAUGGCUGCCGAAAACCUUCACGGUGUGGUCUUUGAAGAUGACGUGGACUCGGAAGCCGUGGCACAGAUCUUAGAUUUUGUCUCUACCCAGACCUCCAUCCCCAUCGUGGGCAUCAGCGGAGGCUCGGCUGUUGUCAUCACUCAUAAAGCUGAAGGCUCGACUUUUCUACAAAUGGGUGCUUCUAUAGAGCAGCAGAUCAAUGCGAUGUUCAAAGUGAUGGAGGAGUACAACUGGGGUAACUUUGUGGUGAUCACCAGCCUGUAUCCCGGUCACGAGAACUUUGUGGACUACAUACGGUCCUUCACGGACACCAGCUACUUCUUAUGGGAGCUGCAGGAAGUGUUGAGCUUCGAGAUGUCCGUGGGGGCCAAUGACAUCCGCACACGCAGAUUACUUCAGCAGGUGGAUGCGCAGGUAUACCUGGUGUACUGCUCGCAUGAGGAGGCUGAGUACUUGUUCAGGAUGGCAUCCGAUGUGGGACUUCUGGGACCUGGAUACAUCUGGGUCAUUCCCAGUCUGGCUGUAGGGAACCCUGAAGUGUCCCCACCUGACAGUUUCCCUGUGGGGGUCAUCAGUAUUAUCACAGACCGUUGGAGGAAAACAUUGCGUCAGAGGGUUCGAGAAGGUGUUGCUGUCGUUGUCAAAGGGGUGCACAGUUUCCACAAGUACAGAGGAUUUGUUCCCGAGGGUCACAAUGACUGCAACAGUCCCACUAAACUUGAUACCUACAAUUCCCUCUUUAGGCAUAUGCUAAAUGUUUCAUGGGAACAUAAGGAUCUCUCCUUUAACUCCGAUGGCUAUCUUACCAAUCCUUCCAUGGUGAUCAUCGCUUUGGAUCGAGAAAGACACUGGGACAAGGUAGGAAGCUACGAGAGUGGGAUCCUGCAGAUGCGUUACCCUGUUUGGCCCCGCUACGGCAGCUUCCUCGAGCCUGUGUCCGACAACCGACACCUGACCGUGGCCACACUGGAGGAGAGGCCCUUUGUGAUCGUGGAGAGUGUUGAUCCUGCUACGGGCACUUGCGUGCGUAAUACCGUCCCCUGUCGUCGCCAGGCCAACAGGACUGAAAGCAUAACCGGUCACACAGAGCCGUACACCAAACUCUGCUGCAAGGGUUUCUGCAUAGACAUACUGAAGAAGCUCUCGCGCACCAUCAAAUUUUCAUAUGACCUUUAUCUGGUCACCAACGGGAAGCAUGGCAAGAUGGUUCGUGGCGUCUGGAACGGGAUGAUUGGAGAGGUCUUCUACAAGCGUGCAGAUAUGGCUAUUGGCUCUCUUACCAUCAAUGAGGAGCGGUCAGAGAUCGUCGACUUUUCAGUGCCAUUCGUGGAAACCGGAAUUAGUGUUAUGGUAGCCAGAAGCAAUGGAACGGUGUCACCUUCUGCCUUUCUAGAGCCGUACAGUCCGGCCGUGUGGGUUAUGAUGUUUGUGAUGUGCCUGACUGUCGUGGCAGUCACCGUGUUCGUCUUUGAAUACUUCAGUCCUGUUGGCUACAACCGAAGUCUUGUCAGUGCCAAAGCACCUGGAGGUCCCACCUUUACCAUCGGAAAGUCUGUCUGGCUGCUGUGGGGAAUUGUCUUCAACAACUCUGUCCCUAUUGAAAAUCCCAAAGGCACGACCAGCAAGAUCAUGGUCCUGGUCUGGGCUUUCUUUGCUGUCAUCUUCCUCGCUAGCUACACGGCCAAUUUAGCCGCCUUCAUGAUCCAAGAGCAAUACAUUGACACUGUGUCUGGACUUAGCGACAAAAAGUUUCAAAAACCCCAGGAACAUUAUCCUCCAUUCCGCUUUGGGACGGUUCCAAACGGGAGCACUGAGAGGAACAUUCGGAGCAAUUACCCCGACAUGCACACCCACAUGAUCAAAUACAACCAAAAGGGAGUGGAGGAGGCUCUAAACAGCCUUAAAACAGGGAAGCUGGAUGCCUUUAUAUAUGAUGCAGCAGUACUUAAUUAUAUGGCUGGCAAAGAUGAGGGAUGCAAGCUGGUCACUAUUGGUAGUGGGAAGGUCUUCGCUACCACAGGUUAUGGCAUUGCUUUGCAGAAGGACUCCCGCUGGAAGCGCCCCAUAGAUCUGGCACUACUCCAAUUCCUCGGAGACGGGGACACACAGAGGCUGGAGACAGUAUGGCUGUCUGGAAUCUGCCAGAAUGAGAAAAAUGAGGUCAUGAGCUCCAAACUGGACAUAGACAACAUGGCAGGGGUUUUCUACAUGUUGCUAGUUGCCAUGGGUCUCAGCCUGCUGGUCUUUGCUUGGGAGCAUCUUCUCUACUGGAAACUCAGACACUCGGUCCACAAGUCUGACCACUUAGAUUUUCUGCUGGCCAUUAGCAGGGGCAUAUACAGCUGCUUUAACGGCGUUGAAGACAUUGGCAGAUCUGCGGGCAUACAAAAUCCAGACGUCACGGCCAGUUACGCACAAGCAAACAUGUUGAAAAUGCUGCAAACAGCCAAGGACAUCGUCUCCUCGACCAAGGUGGAAAACUCAUUGGAUAACGCCACAAAGACCAUUGAGAACUGGAGCAGACACGGCGGCAGCCUACCGGCAAGAAUACAUCAGGUGACCACGACUGAUAAGGUUCCUGGUUACGUCUCCUAUAUUACAAACGUCACAGAGAACCACAUACCUCAUAUGCAGCGUUCCAUAACUCCGCCUUUCGUUCAGCAUGCCAACACCACAAGCCCACCACCAAUGCUAAACCAUAGAGUCUUAACACGGCCCACUCCUCUACGAUACACGCUUCCCGCCCGGACCAGGGGUUUGUACGAUGGGAUGCUUCCUGUAUCCAGUCUGAGCACUCCUCACCUGGCCAUGCAUGAUCUUCAGUCCGAUCUGACCCAUACUGGUUCUUCCUUCGUUCCAUAUAGAGAUCUGCAGGUGCCAGACAUCUACACCGAACACCACAAGUCUUGCCUUUCUGAUGGCUUUCCUGAUGGCGUCAGGCAGAAGAAGAGAGCCCAAAAUCUAAUCAUAGAGUCCAUGGAUCUAAGGGGUCUUCACGAUUGUAAAGACCAAACAACGUGUCAUGCAGAAGCGAAUGAUUUUGCAGACAACAACCUGUCCUACAGUGAAAAUCCUUUUAUAGCGGCUGAUUCGGUGUGCAAACCAUACUUCGACUCAGUGCUGAACGACAUGCCUUUGAUAAGGAAACGAAAGCUUCAUCGAAGACCGUCGUUCCUGAAAGCCACUUGGGGUCCCGACAGAGUCCAGUUCCCUGGCGAAAGACCCUCAGUCACACCAUCCUCUCGAGUAACAAUACCCGACCUCUUCCCUUGCGUGGACGCACACGGACGAGUUAGAAACACCAUGCGUUUCUCCCAACCGGCGGAUCACACCUACCUUCACCCUUUCAGACGAAAUUCCAGAAAAACUCAAAAACUGAGACACAGUCAGUCAACCAGGCUUCCCUCCUACAAGGAGGCGGUUUUUUAUAAUGCAGCUGCUGUUAAGAGGGCAUCCAGCAUGAUGUAUAGACCGUACUCCUACCCUGAGCUGCCGGUCUAUCAGAGUCCACUGCCAUAUGGACCAGCAGAAUUAUGCAACAUUUUCCCUUGCAUGGGACAUCCCACUGACAAUGUAUAUGGAGGUUACAGGGCACCCACACAUCUACACAGUGACCAUGUUGUGACUGUCCCAGGCAGCAGGGUGGUUCAUAGUAGCCCUAUUGUGCCCAUGACUUGGGGAAGAAUCUCCAGUUUGGAGUCAGAAGUGUGAACUUAUACUUUUACGUGCCAAUUAUUAAAAGUUUCCGCUCUGUGGUACGAGCGUCUGCUGACCAAUAAAAUGAUUUAGGUUUUAAAGCUGAAGUGUGUCGUUUGCACACCCUUUCUGUACCCAAAAUGGAAUUACAAACAUAAUCAGAGAAGAUUCCUGAACCCUAUGUGUGCAAUCGGUCAGAUAUUUCUGUCCCAAACUCAAAUCGUUGGUUGAGCCACUUUUGAUAUUUGCCCAAAGGAAAUUUUUAUUGCUCAGAUGUUUCUGAGAUUUGAUGAGUUUUCAGUUGUGCUUUAAGUAUCCACUUGGUCUGAGAUGUUUCUCCAACUUUCUAAAAAAAUGUUAGGUUAUUUUUAAACCAGCAUUGGGUCAGAAAGUGACCUAAAAUACUUGGUUGAUUUAACACAUGGUGGGGUCAAAUAUAAACAAUUUUGGGUUUAAAGGGCACCUAUGGUCCGAUUCACGAUUUAACAUUUCCUUUGGUGUGUAAGUGUGUAUUAGUACAUGUUAACGAUAUGCAAAAGGUACAAACCCCAAAAUAAAAGAUGACGCAAGUUAUCGUCUCCAACAUAAAUCUCUUUUCUUGGACUACAACAAACACACGGAUUGUAGGCAAUAGUUUACUUCCUGGGAUUGGUGAUGUAGACAAGACCGACAUUAUCAUAAUUCCUCCCACUUGGAAUCAGUUAACUUCUGUUAAUAUUGCAUUGUGAGCGAAUCUUUCAAACAUGGUAAGGAGCGUCACAUUUCUGGCUGAUGUCAGAAGUAUUCAGGCCAAUCACAACAUACAG